AUGACUUCCAGCAAAGACUACGUUUUCAAGGAGGUUGGCGAAACGCUGAUUCAGACAACGGCUUACUGGAAGACCACAAAUAGCGAGGAGCCAAAGGGGCUUGCUCUGGCUUUUCAUGGAGGAGGUUUUGUGAUAGGAUCCAGGCACUCGUUGCCAGAGGUUGAAGUUGGCUAUCUUGCCGAUGCAAACUUCAUUGUCGUAUCAGCCGACUAUCGACUUUGCCCACAGGUUGCCUUACGCGAAGUGAUCGAAGAUGCUAUCGACGUUUUCUCUUGGUGCAAGACAGAGUUUCCGGCGAAGUUCGAAGCGGACACUGGCUUGAGGAUCAACGCACGAAAGACUGUGGUUUUCGGCCAGUCUGCCGGGGCACUGUUAGCUUUACACUUAUUUCUAUCCCCGUCUGAUGACCAAAACUCAACAUCUUGUGAACAGGGCGCUCUGGAGGAACCCCCCCGGGCAAUUCUUGAUUUUUACGGCGUCAAGUACGUCAGUGAUGAAUUCUGGCACAUGCCAUUGCCUGCUUUAGCUGCAAUUCCGACAUUGCCUCAGGCGUUAACCGACAAGAUUUUUGAUGAGCCAGUCAUGACGACCACUGCCAUAUCCUUAGAAAAGGCAGCUGCGUCUCAAGAUGUGGUCAUAAAGAGGGGCAUGCCAGCACCCGAUCUAUCAGUUCCCAGAAACGCCUGGCUAUUCACAGCAUUGAGAGACGGAACACAGAUGAAGACCAUCGUCAAGGAUGACGACCUCGACUGCGUCGACCCUGUCAGGGGGUUUCACCCAAAAUUCCCCCCAACUUUCUUUGUGCAUGGAGACACGGAUGGUUUGAUUCCCAGUGCCUUCAGCGAAAGGGCCUGCAGGGAGCUGAGCGACAUGGGAGUGAAGGCGCGUAUUUCUUUGAUUCCAGGCCAAUCUCACGGUUUUGAUGCUGGCCUAGGUGUGGAUGACCCCGGAUGGCCGCAGGUGCGCGAUGCGUUGGACUUUCUUAUCUUCUAUGGAAACAAAGUCAUCUGA